GGACGUGACACCUCACGUCAGGAAACCGGAAACUCAUCCUGAACCGUGAUAUUGCGCAUGCGCUUGUUUCUCGUGUCUUCGACCUUUACUACACACCGGUGAGAGCUAACCUCCUCUGUCACGAUCUGUAUAGCAGACACUGAAUCAACCACAGCUCCUUUGGUUGACCUGACCACAUAUCCACAACAUAAUGUAUGCCUGUGCUAAGUUCGUCUCCACGCCCUCCCUGGUCCGUGCUGGAUCUCGGGUACUGUGCAGACCACUCUCAGCAGCAGUAGUCUCAGAUGCCAGGAAAGCAGAGACUGCUUCCCUCCUGGCACCGCAGAGCAUCUCUGCCUCCCAGCAGCAGGUUGCUGUUCGGGGGUUCCAGACCAGCGCUGUGAGCCGCGACAUCGACACUGCCGCAAAGUUCAUUGGAGCAGGAGCUGCCACCGUGGGAGUGGCCGGGUCUGGAGCUGGAAUCGGAACAGUGUUCGGCAGCCUUAUUAUCGGAUAUGCCAGGAACCCCUCUCUGAAGCAGCAGCUGUUCUCUUACGCCAUCCUGGGCUUCGCUCUGUCUGAAGCUAUGGGUCUCUUCUGUCUGAUGGUUGCAUUCCUUAUUCUGUUUGCCAUGUAAACCAGCGAGGCAUUUGAUGUGAAGGGAUCCAUCACAAUGUUAGUAAGAGUUAGCAGUUUGAGAUGCCCUUGAAUGGCACGAUGAUGUCAGCUUGUCGUGUUUCCCAUUCUCGUUCUUUGGUGCUUCUUAAAAGAUUGUGAACCCGCUGAUGUAAGAAACUCUGGCAAACCCAAAUCAUUUUAAAUGAUGGGUUUGCCAUAUAUUGUAUAUUUCAUCAAAUGUUUUUGUUAAACAUUCAAAUAAUAACAGAAUUAAAAUGUUUAAUUCAU